GGACUGGCUAUUUUGCAAAUUCAUGCAGAUGGUCUCAGAAUACAAAUUCCACAAUGCAUACCUGGGAUUUAUUCUGAAGACAGCAAGCCAGGCUUGGGGGUACAGGCCUUAAUCCCAGUUGAGGCAGGAGGAUCAGGAGUUACGGCCAUGCUCUGCUUCAGACAAUGUUUGAAGCCAGCCUGGGAGCAUGAGGCCUUGUGUAAGCAGUAAAACCUCACCACCUGCAAACACAAGUGGUGACGUUGGGCUGGAGCCGCAUCCGAGGUUGUGGUCUGUGCCUAAUCAGUGCUCACCCUUGGGUUCAGUUACUCUACGACACCCCCCCCCCAGCUUGUUAUUAAAAUGAGCAGUUUUGCAUCCACAGAUAACAGUUAUGACCCUGGCCUAUGAAAAACUCAGCAAAAUUAACAGAAGAGACAUUUUAAUCUCAAACCUUUUUACCCUACUCCAAGUUGGGAGAUUGCCAUCUGUUUUCCUGAGCCAUGUACUUGGGUAUAGCAAAACAGUUCUUAAGCCAUGAAAAAUGAAAUUAAAGAAAGUUCUUUUUAGAGUCAAAUUUUUAUUGUGUUGAAGCCUGGAGGAAUUUUCCCAGUGUAACACCCUUUCUAGAGAGUUCUUUCUUUAUGGAUAGUAACCCAGAUUUUACACCUAAUUCUAGUCAGCUGCUUUUGGCUUUAGGCAAUUCACUUAACCCUAUUUUAGAGAAUCCCUUUGGAGAAAUAUUAUGGUUAGAGAAUUUGUGUCACAUAAAUUCAAAAUUCAUGAUCUUUAAAACAAAUUUUUUAAAACUUAAAGUCUCAGUUGCUGAGAUCCUUUUAUAAUAACUUCUUGAAGGGAAAAUGAAAGAAACACAAAACCCUAUCAGCUUUAUAAACAGUCUCUGGCCGUGUGUGCGUGUGCGUGUGAUGUCAGUGUGUACUGGAAAUAAUCUCAGAGCACUGUCUAUUAAGCUUGAAAACAGGCUGCAGUCCCAUGUGGCUGUGUAUGGAGUUGCAUCAGGUACAUGUAAAACACUAAAACUUCCUAAUUUCCUUAUUUUUUACAGUGUGUGAUCUAGGGCGGAAGACUAAAGUUACUAAUUUGUAUCUUGUGCUUCGUCCUCUGCCUUUCUCACUUUGUUGUUAAAAGAUAAAAAUUGUGUGCUUUUUAUCUGUUUUCUAAGUACAAGCUUGAACUCAAAGAUUUAAAAAAUGACUGAACUUAAUUCUAAGGACAGUUUUAGUAGGUUUUUUCCCCCAAUAUGUAUGUGGUUUCAGUCUUAAAACACUGAUUUUAAAAUUUCUCCCCACCUUGGAACUAGAAAAAAAAUGACUUCAUUAAACACUUGCUAACCCUGAUUGUGGGGGUGCAUGUCUUCAAUCCCAGCACUGGGGAGGCAGGGACAAGUGGAUCUCUGAGUUUGAGGCCUGCCAGAGCUACACAAAGAAACCUUGUGUGGUAAGGUAGGAGAAAGAAAAAGCCAAUUGCUGUGCAAUUAAACUAGCUCUACAGGAUAAAAGGCUUGCUGCUGCUUGCCGGCUGCUGGUCCAUAUCCAGUUUCAGUGAGAGACCCAAGGUCAAUUGAGUAAGGACAGUGGAACAGAGUGGACAAGGUCUGGCUGCCUGCUAACAAGUGAAGGAUGUGUACCUCAUACAAGUUUCCACUUGAAGGACCUUACCGAGUUGGAUGCUAUCCCCUUUCUGUGUAGUCCGCUGCACUCAGUUACUCCAUUUAGUCUGCUGGGCAGCUGAACAGUAAGAUUCCCCAUGUCCUGUAACAAAGAUGUCAUCUGUAAUCCAGACAUCUUCACAUGUAGCUCUAAAUAGCUGGCACAGACUAAAAGAAAACGAGAUGUCAGAACUGUUCUAAGCUCUUAGUGUUUGACCAUUAAGCCACUUGGAGCACGUCUCCUUAGUCCUCAACUUGUACACUUUCAUAAUUCUUGAUAUACAAAGUUUUUAUGUUGAAGUAAUUUGUGAUUUGGAAAGCAUUCAAAAUGAUGCGGUUACAUGCUAGGGUAAAAAGUCUUCAAAAUACACUUUAUAAGAAUCGGUGAAGCUACAUAAGACCUUGAUAUCAGUCGAGAAGCUCUGGUUUAAAAUGUAAAACCAUGCACGUUGCAAGUGGCAUGGUCUGGUGCAGGUCUGAAAUGCUAUCUUUUAAGUCUUGGUAGUGACUCAGUCAUGAACCUGGAAGUUUAACAUAAGGAAUAGAUAUGGUUAGUCAACACCACCGUGGCCCUAAACUGCUGAGCUUUCUCGUUGCCAAACCUAAUCUCUCCACCUUGUUUGGUGUCCCUUCUUUCUGUCACUUCUUGGUGAGUCAAGUGAGUUUGGAGAACUAAUAACUGCAUUUGUAACGAUUCCAUGUGAAGAAAAAACUGAGUUCAGAAAGGAACAUUCUAGAAUGCAUCUCAUUCUCAGAGAAUUGUACUGAAUAAAGAAAGCUAAUCUCAACGAUUCCAUUGUAUGAUUCCAUUUAUAUGUUAGAAUGGAUAGACAGUUGCAGGGGUUAAAGUGGGCCCCUGGCUGUGACAGUUGGUGGACUCAGGAGGGAUCUCUGUGGUGGAACUGUUCACUGUCUCGACUGUUGGUCCUCAUACGAAACUGAAUGUGUUGUUUAGAAACAAGUACAUAAAUGAGAUUCUAUAAACUGGUGAAAUCUCAAUAAGGAGACAUGUCAGUUCCUGCAAGACUUCAUAAGGCAAAGGAACUGGGCAAAGACCUCUUAGAGGGCUUGUCAGUAUCAUGUCUUACAAUUCCCUAGAUUCAAAGCAUCUUUUAAAAUGCACAAGCUAGAUGUAAUAGCACUUGCUUGUAAUCCCAGCACUUGGGAGGCUAAGGCAAGAGAGAAGUAGAUUGAGAGUUGGAAGGCCAGCCUGGACAGUGAAACUAUCAAAAAUCAAAAAUUCAGAGAGGUGGCUCUUUUAAGUACAAUAAAUAUGUAGCCUCUUUGGUGUAUUUUGAGUGCUGGGGGAUUUGUUCUUUAAACUCAAUGUUUCCAGAAAAGGGAAUUGUCAGAAUAGCUGCGUUCCAGGUAGAUGAGAAGACAAUUUGUAUUCUGUGUCCCGGAAGUGAGGUUAGCUGGUUUUGUAUACACAGUAUGUAUCCAGGUGGUACACACCUGUAAUUCCAACUUCUCAGAAACCGAAGACCACCUUCCAAGACCAGUCAGGCAACUUGAGAAAACACUGUUGAUGCUUUCAAAUAUUUUGUUAUUAAUAAUUGACUACGACAUUGGGAUAAGAUAUGGAACUACAAAUGAAUAAAAUCUAAUGUACUAUGUCCAAGUAUAGCUGUAACUAGUAGGUCUAUGAAGACAAGAAAAAUUCUUUGAUGCUGACUCUCUCCCUUUACGCAUAAUUUUUUUAACAUAUUGGACGCUCUUGAAAGGACAGCAAAAGGCCAUUUUGAAUAAAGAAACAGUUGUCAGACAACUUCUGAUACUCCAUUAACUCCAGGUCAACUAAAUAAAGUCAGAUUCGGAUCACCAGGGGUGUUAAGCGCUCAAGUAUAUUUCCGUAUAACCUAGUUGUCUUAUUGAAAUAUUUGAAAUCAUCUGCCGAAGAGUCGGUUAAUUUUCCAAUUUGUAAAUGAGAGGAAGAAGGACUGCUGAACUCCUCUGUAUUUUUUGUACAAGUUUUAGCUCCUGGGGAGAACUGCUAACUGAACACAGCGCUUAAGUCAGCUCCUCACUCACAGGGAAAACUAAACUACUUGCUCACACUGCAGCAGAAACCAACCCAGAGAGAGGAAGAAGAUAGCACAGACUUUCAGGGCUCAAUGCAGGACGGAAGAGGCUUGUCCUCUCUGGGUCUCCGUACAGACUCUGUAGCUGCAUCCUAGUUCCUCCCCGCCUCCUUCCACGUCAGCCAAGGACUCAGUGGAGCCGUCGCGGCAGCGGCUGUCUGGACCGGUAGUCGACGGUCCUACGGUUCCUUCCCGACCCCCACCCCCACGGAGCCAGGUAAUUUACCUGGCACCUUUCGUCCUUUUCAUCUUGUUUUGAGUUGGUUAUAAACAGGAACCAUGACCGCAGCUGAGAACGUGUGCUAUACGUUAAUUAACGUGCCAAUGGACUCAGAACCCCCUUCUGAAAUCAGCUUAAAAAAUGACCUGGAGAAAGGCGAUGUGAAGUCAAAGACUGAAGCUUUGAAGAAAGUGAUCAUUAUGAUUCUGAAUGGGGAAAAGCUUCCUGGACUCCUGAUGACGAUCAUUCGUUUCGUGCUGCCUCUUCAGGAUCACACCAUCAAAAAGUUGCUUCUGGUCUUCUGGGAAAUUGUUCCGAAAACAACUCCAGAUGGGAGGCUCUUACAUGAAAUGAUUCUUGUGUGUGAUGCAUACAGAAAGGAUCUCCAGCAUCCUAAUGAGUUUAUUCGUGGAUCUACUCUUCGUUUCCUUUGCAAAUUGAAGGAAGCAGAAUUGCUGGAACCUCUGAUGCCUGCUAUCCGUGCUUGUUUGGAACAUCGUCACAGCUAUGUUAGGAGAAACGCUGUUUUGGCCAUCUACACCAUCUACAGAAAUUUUGAAAAUCUUAUACCUGAUGCUCCUGAGCUGAUACAUGAUUUUCUGGUAAACGAGAAGGAUGCAAGCUGCAAAAGAAAUGCAUUUAUGAUGCUCAUUCAUGCAGAUCAGGAUCGAGCUUUGGAUUAUUUAAGUACAUGUAUUGAUCAAGUUCAGACAUUUGGAGACAUUCUACAGUUGGUUAUUGUUGAACUAAUUUAUAAGGUCUGUCAUGCUAAUCCAUCAGAGAGGGCCCGUUUCAUUCGCUGUAUCUAUAACUUACUGCAGUCAUCUAGUCCUGCUGUAAAAUACGAAGCUGCUGGGACACUGGUGACACUGUCAAGUGCUCCAACUGCAAUAAAGGCUGCUGCUCAGUGUUACAUUGAUUUAAUUAUUAAGGAAAGUGAUAACAAUGUAAAGCUCAUUGUCCUGGACCGAUUGGUAGAACUAAAAGAGCAUCCUGCUCACGAGCGAGUCCUCCAAGAUCUGGUCAUGGACAUCCUACGAGUACUGAGUACACCAGACCUAGAAGUGCGCAAGAAAACGCUGCAGUUAGCACUGGAUCUUGUCUCAUCUAGGAAUGUUGAAGAGUUGGUUAUUGUCUUGAAGAAGGAAGUAAUUAAAACAAAUAACGUGUCUGAGCAUGAAGACACUGACAAAUACCGACAGCUUCUCGUGCGAACACUGCAUUCCUGCUCUGUCCGAUUUCCAGAUAUGGCUGCAAAUGUUAUUCCUGUGCUAAUGGAAUUUCUCAGUGACAGUAAUGAAGCAGCAGCUGCUGAUGUCUUGGAGUUUGUGCGUGAAGCCAUUCAGCGCUUUGACAACCUGAGAAUGCUGAUUGUUGAGAAGAUGCUGGAAGUCUUCCAUGCUAUUAAGUCUGUCAAGAUUUAUCGAGGAGCACUGUGGAUCCUGGGCGAGUACUGCAGUACUAAGGAAGACAUUCAGAGUGUGAUGACUGAAGUCCGCAGGUCCCUUGGGGAGAUCCCAAUCGUAGAAUCAGAAAUAAAGAAAGAAGCUGGCGAGUUAAAACCAGAAGAAGAAAUAACUGUUGGGCCCGUUCAGAAAUUGGUUACAGAGAUGGGCACCUAUGCUACUCAGAGUGCACUCAGCAGCUCUAGACCUACCAAGAAAGAAGAGGACAGACCACCCUUGAGAGGAUUCCUCCUGGAUGGAGAUUUCUUUGUUGCUGCCUCCCUUGCCACAACUCUGACCAAGAUUGCAUUACGCUAUGUAGCAUUGGUUCAGGAGAAGAAAAAGCAAAACUCUUUUGUUGCUGAGGCUAUGUUGCUUAUGGCAACCAUCCUUCAUUUGGGAAAAUCCUCUCUUCCUAAGAAGCCAAUCACUGAUGAUGAUGUAGACCGAAUUUCCCUGUGCCUCAAGGUCUUAUCUGAAUGCUCACCUUUAAUGAAUGACAUUUUUAAUAAGGAGUGCAGACAGUCUCUUUCCCAAAUGUUGUCUGCCAAACUCGAAGAAGAGAAACUAUCCCAAAAGAAAGAAUCUGAAAAGAGGAAUGUAACAGUACAGCCUGAUGACCCCAUUUCCUUCAUGCAACUAACUGCUAAGAAUGAGAUGAACUGCAAGGAGGAUCAGUUCCAGCUGAGUUUGUUGGCAGCGAUGGGUAACACUCAGAGGAAAGAGGCAGCAGACCCCCUGGCGUCCAAACUCAACAAGGUCACUCAGUUGACAGGUUUCUCUGAUCCAGUGUAUGCAGAAGCUUAUGUUCAUGUCAAUCAGUAUGAUAUUGUCCUGGAUGUUCUUGUUGUAAACCAAACCAGUGAUACUUUGCAGAACUGCACAUUAGAGUUAGCUACUCUAGGGGAUCUGAAACUCGUGGAAAAACCAUCUCCUUUGACUCUUGCUCCUCAUGACUUUGCGAAUAUUAAAGCCAAUGUCAAAGUAGCAUCAACAGAAAAUGGAAUAAUUUUCGGCAAUAUAGUUUAUGAUGUCUCUGGAGCAGCAAGUGACAGAAACUGUGUGGUCCUCAGUGACAUCCACAUUGACAUCAUGGACUAUAUCCAGCCUGCAACUUGCACUGAUGCUGAGUUCCGUCAGAUGUGGGCCGAAUUUGAAUGGGAAAAUAAAGUGACAGUUAACACCAACGUGACUGACCUGAAUGAUUAUUUACAGCACAUCCUCAAGUCCACCAACAUGAAGUGCCUGACUCCAGAGAAGGCCCUUUCUGGCUACUGUGGCUUCAUGGCAGCCAACCUAUAUGCUCGCUCUAUAUUUGGAGAGGAUGCACUUGCAAAUGUCAGCAUUGAGAAGCCAGUUCACCAGGGACCAGAUGCUGCUGUUACUGGCCAUAUAAGAAUUCGUGCAAAAAGUCAGGGAAUGGCCUUGAGCCUUGGAGAUAAAAUCAACCUGUCUCAAAAGAAGACUAGUCUCUAAGAAUGAACAAACGGUCCUCGAAAGUGUAAGGUUAAAAUUUAGGUGUGGGCUGAUUGGACUCCGACGUUUUUGUACUCUUUCAUGCUUUAUGCUUGUAGAAUUUGAGUUCAUGCUGAAUUCAUUCCAGCCCGUAAUUUAUAGCCUUUCCCCUAAAUCAAGAAUGAGUUUAAAAUUAUAGUUUGUCUUUUAUCUUAACAGUUCUGAAUGCUGUCCUCAAAGUAUAUAAAGUUCCUCAUAUGUACCAAGACCAUUUUCACAAUAAACAGAUCUGUUCAUAAAUUUUUGUUAUUUUAUAAAUAAAUUACUUAAUUUUA